AGAAUAUCGCAACGUAAUAUAGGUUCGUAUAUAAACGGCGACCUAUUUCUCCGAAAUCAUACUAAGUUCACCUGUUCAACCAAACAUGUCUUUCUACACCUUCCUUUUAUUGUGCAUCCAAGCUUGUCUCAUCCAGCAAGCAUUCAGCCAAGUUUACGGACUGGGUGGCUACGGCGUCGGCGAAGUCGACGUCUCAGCUGUGAACUACGAAACUGCAGGCCUUGGUUAUGGUGGACUUGGCGUGAAUAACCUGCCUUUUGGUGGAUAUGGAGCAGGACUUGGCGCCGCAGGGCUGAAUAACUUGGCUCUUGGUGGAUACGGCACGGGACUUGGAGCGGCGGGACUUGGAGCGGCGGGAUUUGGAGCGACGGGAUUUGGAGCGACGGGACUUGGAGCGGCGGGAUUUGGAGCGACGGGACUUGGCGUGGCGGGACUCGGCGCGGCGGGACUUGGCGCAGCUGGUUUGAAUAACUUUGCCCUUGGCGGACUUGGCGCUGGCCUUGGCGGUGUUGGCCUUAAUGGACUCGGAUAUGGCGGUUUCGCUUCAGCAGGUUAUGGAGGCGUUGGUAACGGAGCCUUAGGAGUCAAUGGCGAACUCCCUGUCAGUGGUACUACUGCUGUGACUGGUGCUGUUCCGGUUCUGGGGGCCGUCCAGUUCAGCGGUAAUGUGCCCGCCAUUGGUUCCGUGUCUAUUUCUGGCAACUGCGGAUGUGGCGGUACUCCGUACGGUACUUAUUGAGUUGUUGAUUAGUGAAUAAAUCUGUAAACUUAUAACAUUUAA